CGACCACUUGCCAGCCUGCUGCUGGCCCUCGGGACGGCGCUGCUGCUCCCACUUCUCUGCGCGACACCAGCCUCGGGCGCAGCGUUGACGACGAUGCUUGCGCCGCACGAAAAGUCGUGCUUCUACGCCUGGGUGGACAAGUCCGGCGAAAAAGUCGGCUUCUACUUUGCCGUGCAGUCUGGCGGUUCCUUUGACAUUCACUACGAGGUCCACGAGCCCGAUGGCCGUGUCAUCAUCGAGGGCCAAAACGAGCGGCAGCUCGACAUCAUCUUUACUGGCAACCGUGUGGGAGAGUACAGCUUCUGCUUUGACAACGACAUGAGCAGCUUUGCCGACAAGAUGAUCGACUUUGACAUCACCGUCGAGUCGGAACCUCGAUUGGAUCUGCCACUGGCGCAGGCAGCGCUGCUCUCGGCCUCGUCUGCGCCGCUCGAAGAGUCCAUCACAAAGGUCGGCUCCAAGCUGACGCAGAUCGUACGGACCCAACGAUACUUUCGCACAUGGGAGAACAGAGGCUUUGCCCUCGUCAAAGGGACCCAAUCAAAGAUCUUCUGGUACAGCAUCAUCGAGUCAUUGGUCAUGGUGGCCGUGGCCGUGGGGCAAGUGUACAUUGUCCGGUUUCUCUUUGAAAAGGGCAGCACCAAGCGCUACAGGGUUUAAAUUACUAUCGUCCUUUGAAAGCCUCUUUUGCGCAUGCGAGCCACAAGUCGUCACCAAGAC